AAAAUAGAUUCACAGAUAUAACGGUUACACAAGACAUCGCGGAAAUAGGACUCAAUAUUUUCGGAUUGCCAAAUCUAUAUCACUUAGUCUUGAAUAACAACGACAUUGUACACAUUCCCAGACAAGUUAAAGAUUUCCCCAAUUUGAGAAGCAUAAAUAUUGAUUCCAACAAUAUUACACAUCUAUCAGAGCUUCCACCAGGUCUACAGUAUUUGUACCUCAGAAAGAACAAAUUUUCACAUUUACCUGACAGUAUUAUGAGUUUAUCAAAUCUCGGUUAUCUGUAUGUUGAUAACAAUGAACUACACCAUUUACCAAGUUUUCAACAUCUAACACAGUUAGAAAUAUUAGGACUUUCAGGCAACCCCUGGUCAUGUGAUUGUCAAAUGGAAGAAUUCAUGAAAUGGAUAUACACUAACACAGACAUAAAUGUACAACUUAUCUGUCAAUAUCCGAUAAAUUAUACAGGAAUGAGCAUCACAGAUUUAACGUUGCCUGAUCUUCAGUGUUUUGAGCCAUACGUUAUUAACACAUUCAAAUCGGUGUAUGUUGGAUUAAAUGAUUCCGUGACACUGACAGUUAAUGUCAAUGGUGCCCCUCCUCCACAUAUCCAGUGGUUCACUCCUAAAGGCAUUCAUGUUGAUACUGAGAGUAACUCUCGAUAUCGUCUUGAACCAGAUGGCAGUCUGUUUAUCUCCUCUACGCAGGAUGAGCAAGCUGGAAUGUUUGUGUGUAUUGCAGACAAUUGGAAGGGUGUUGCCACAGCAGUACGAUUUCUUGAAAUACAUACUCCGCCACGGACAAUGACACCCUCUGCUCAAACGUUCUCCAUUUAUCCGUAUACUGAAAUGACCAGAACACCCAUGGAAUACAAUCAAACGAUUUCCACCAAGAUAUACUUGCCAGAGAUCACGAACACUAUUAGAUCAAACAAUGUACUCAGCACGGGUUACAUUGUAUCAUUUAUUAUUGGCUUGGUGGUUGGAAUUUUAACUAUUGUUUUGAUACUUUGUAUACUGCGCCAAUUUUGUUGCAAACGUAGCAAACCACUGAAAACCCCGGAAGAAAACAUCGACCUUUCUACAGUAGCUAGAACGGAAGAUGAAUCGCAUCCCCAAUACACUGAUCUGAACAAUGAAGAGUGCAACACCUGCCAACAAUUAACUACAACAAAUAAUAUGACAGGACAAUAUGCUAAUGCUAACAUGUUGGUGACACACGUGAUCAACAAAAAUGAUGGUGAACAUAUGGAGAACAUUUAUGAUUCACUUGAUGCAUGA